GAAUUGGACAAAAUUACCAUCUCAGUCUCUUCUUAAAUGUUCUAUAAUACUAUGCAUCUAUGUUUUCUGAUUUAAUAUUGAAACGAAAUCUGUGCAGAUUGCUUCUCUAGUCUGGAUGUGAGUUUGACGUCUACUCAAGUGUCCCAAUUUACAAUGGAAUUCGUAUUUAUCACUUUUCGACUAGGACGAUAAAAAUAAAAAAAUAAUACAAUCAAUUUCCGUUUUGUACAAUCCAUUGAGUCGUAAUGGAUCGUGAUUUGAUCGACAAGUUUAUCGAAGUUACUGGCGAGAGUGAAGCAACUGCUCAACAAUAUCUAACACUUGCUGAUGGAAAUGUUGAAACUGCUAUAAGUUUGAUGUUCGAGGGUGGAGGCCCUGCCGAAGCUGAAACAAACAAUCCAGUCAUAGAGACAGAACCCCAAGUUAGAGAACCAAUAUUACCGGUUCAAGAAGUUUUGGUACCGUCUGAACCAGUUUGCUCUUUCCCAAGAACAUCCAGUCAUGUUUUUGACAGAUUCAGAGACUUUGCAGUGGAAACUCGGCGUCAAGAGGAAGAAAUGACUAGAAGAGUUAAUGGGGCAAGGAAAGUAUCUCAAAGUAGAACAACACGUCUGGAAGAUUUGUUUAGACCUCCGUACGACAUAUUAUUUCUUGGAUCCUUUGUGGAAGCUCGAGACCAUGCAAAAGAUGUGAAUCGAUGGCUGCUCGUCAAUGUACAGAAUUCUCAAGAAUUUGCAUGUCAAAUUCUCAACAGAGAUGUGUGGCCCAACAGCCAAAUAAGGGAAAUAAUUAAGGACCACUUUGUUUUAUGGCAGGUUCUCUCAACCACAAGCGAUGGCAAACGUUACAUCGACUUUUACAACGUAACGAAUUAUCCAUAUUUGGCGAUAAUUGAUCCACGAACUGGCGAAUGUAUGAGAUCCUACAAUCAUAUUACCGUGGAUAGUUUAGCGACAGGACUUAACGACAUGCUAAGCAUGCACGCCUCUCCCGAUAAUACACCUCCAGAUCUCGCUAGCACCGGUGAUUUUAAAGAACGUUCGUCUCUUCCCGAGAAGCGUCACGCUCGUGCAGAGCCUUUAAUGGAUGAUCCUUGUGGCAGAAAUAAAAAAUCCAGAUCUUCAGCUUCGUGUAGCAAAACUUCGGUAAGCUCAAGCAUGAGUCCAAGCAGCAGUAGCAGCACCAGCAACACGAGUAAUCCAAUAAUUGGAAAGAGGUCUAGAAUAGACGAAUUUGAUGCGAAGAGCAGAGCAAGUUCUGAAACAGCGAUUCUACCACAUACGAAUUCGGCGCCAAAGGUGAUUGAUGAAGAAGAAAUAGAGACGGAGAAAAAAGCGUGUAAAAUCGUCCAGGCGACGAACAGCGAUGAACCUUCGCUAAGACUAUGUUUGCGUUUACCGAGCGGAGGAAAAGAAGCGAUCUCGAUGUGUGCCAAUGACACUAUAGAGGCUUUCAUAAAGAGAAUGGAGAGCAUGGGUUACGCUCCAUCGGAGCAUACUUACUUAAUUCCUUUCCCGAGGACGAACGUUGGUGCGAUACCGUCCCAAACAUUACUGUCAGAAACAAUACUCUAUCCAUCGAACACAGUAUUCAUCACAAAAGUUUAAGAAUAAAAAAAAGGAGAGACACAAUGUUUCGAUACAAAACUGGAAAAAAAAGGAAAGAAAAUUUUUUUUCAAAGAAAUAUGUGUGGUCUGUCUUUUCUUUUUAUCAUUUUUUUCGUUCGUGUUUUCCAUGUAAUUGUAGAAAAAUUAUAAUUUGUUUCAAGAAUUAGUGGUACGAGAACACUGCCAUUUUUAUUUAAAAAAACAAUUUCGUUGAAGCAUAUUGUGACGGAGAUUUUCUUUUGUGUCUUGUAGAGCUUAAGAUCGUAUUUAUAAGAGUGUUUAAACAAUAGGUCGUGAAUCUCUUGCUCCCGGUAUAUGAACGCAUCAAUUGCAGCGUUCAAAUAAUGCUCCAAAAACUGAUUUCAAGUAUUCUAAAUUUUUCAUACUUCCAUUACUCCGUAAUUUCUCUGUAGUGCUAUAAUUUGAAAUAGAAAGUAGAGAAAUAGUGGUCUGGGGGAUUAAGAAUUAUUCUCGCAACAACGUUCCAACGAUUUUUCUACAACAUGAAUCUUUUGAUGAAAGACUUGUUUUUUUAUCACCUGUAAACCAUCAUUGUCGACUUGAUUAUAACUGGUUGAAUGAAAUUAUGUUUUAUUAUA